UUUGCUUCAGACCGACAGUUGUUCAAGACGUUCCUAUUUUCUCAUAGCUCUCUUAAUAGCUCUAUACUUGCCUUCAAUUUUUAUUUCGAUUCCGCCUCUGCCUUCGCCUCCUUUCCGUCCUCCUCCUACUCCUUCGCAACGCUCUGUUUGAAUAAAUAAAUUAUAGAUUAACUAAAUACCAAAUUAAAAUUUUACUAAAACAACCGUCAUUCGGGACGUCUAUCGCGAAGACCGCGACAACGCAUGUAUCAGUAUCAGAAUUCCAGACGUUCGCCGUGCCGCACCGCCGUUCGAUUGUGGUAAAUACAAUUAUUGCCACACUUUGGUCAAUUUCAUCAAUCUUAUCGCGAGCCUUGAAUGCCUAGGUCGAAAAAAUAGCCCUUGACAGAGUGGAACGUAGUCUACUCAAAUGUGUUUUUGAGAAACAAGUGCUCUGAGUAUUUUCAUAUGAAACAUUAUUUGCCGUGAUUAUAAGUUUGAAAAAAUAAAGUAUUUUGAAAAUUACAUAAACACCUUUGGAAAACCCCCAGAGAAUAGUGAGUGCGGAGAGUGGGGAGAUAAAAGUGGAGUGGUUUUUGGGAACUUUAAGCAAUUUUACAACAAUUUUAAUUUUUAAGCUAAUUUGACAACAAUUAAUCACAUAACAUCCAAUUGUCAUAAUUUCACCAAUGAAAGACGCGCCACGCCAUCCACCGUGCCGGUUCUGCAGUUCAAGUUGUGAUUUAAUGCACAUAAGUGGAUAACAUUGAAUAAUACCAAAGCUUUACAAAAUAAGUUGCCAUCAAGUGCAAGUGCAUCAGUUUUUCUUUUUAUUUUCCUUCACGUGGAUUAUAUUUUCAAAUCAGGUCAAGGCCUUAACGCAACCGGCAUACGACACUAGCAACGGCAUCAUCAUAUCGAAAUCGGCUUCGUCUUCGACUUUAGGCUUUAGCAUCGUGCAGUUGUGAAGCAGUGCAGCAGUGGCAUCAUAGAAAAAAGAACCAGGAAAAUGUUUGGAAUAAAAUAUUUAACUGAAGCCCACUUGAGGGGCUUCGAACGUUACAAGUACAACAGCAUUGACACCAGCUAUCUCAGUGUCUACAUAAUGCAUCCUUUCUGGAAUAAAUGUGUUCAAUACUUUCCCAAAUGGCUGGCACCGAAUCUCAUAACAUUCUCUGGAUUCCUUUUGACAGUGGUCACUUUUAUUUUAAUUGCAUUUUACGAUUGGGAUUUCACAGCGGCCAAAAAUGCUGACCGGAUAGUGCCACGUUGGGUGUGGUUAGUAGCGGCCAUUAAUAUAUUCCUGGCUUACACCUUAGAUGGGAUUGACGGGAAACAAGCUCGCCGCACCGGAACAAGUGGACCUCUUGGUGAACUAUUUGACCACGGCUUGGAUUCAUACUCCUCGGUGCUGAUACCUAUCUAUAUGUUUUCAUUGCUCGGAACCAAUCUCUUGCCACCGAAAAGGAUGUUCUUUUGCAUCUGGAAUAUUUUUUUGAAUUUCUAUCUGUCACAUGUGGAGAAAUACAGUACAGGCGUAAUGUUCCUGCCUUGGGGUUAUGAUUUUACUAUGUGGGGCGUAACAUUGGUACUCCUCUUCACCUUUAUUGUAGGUCCAAGUUUCUGGCAAACAACGCAAAUAUUUGGUUUAACAACAGCUAACGUCUUUGAAAUAUCCCUUCCAGUAACUGCAAUGAUGUCAAGCCAUCCAAUUAUAAUUAGAAACAUCUAUCUUUCCUAUAAAAACAAGACAGGAAAAAUGCGACCCAUCUGGGAAGCGGCACGUCCAUUAUUUGCAUUCCUCUGGCUAUUUAUCAUAACUAUGAUUUGGGUGUUUUGCUCAGCUAACAACAUCAUCAAUUUAGAACCAAGGAUAAUGUUUGUACUCUUUGGAACGCUAUUUUCUAACAUUGCUUGCCGGCUGAUUGUCGCUCAGAUGUCCGACACCAGAUGCGAUGGCUUCAACAUUCUCAUGUGGCCUUUGGUUGUUGUUGUCAUGGUUUCAUGUUUUCCAUUCUACAAUAAACUCGGAGUGCAGCUGUCAGAGGAUGUAGAACGAUGGAUAGUUUAUGGACUGACGAUAUUCAGUACAAUUGCUCACAUUCACUACGGCCAAGGAGUGGUUCGUGAGAUGUGCCAUCACUUUAGAAUCAAAUGCUUCAAAGUAAGAGAUCAAAAAGACCCUCUACUGGGCAAUAGUAAAUCCGAAUGAUAAAUAUUUAAUAAGUCAUCUCGUCAUAAAAUUUAACAAACUACUCCUACAACAAAUCGAACAAAAAUAUAAAAACAAAAAACAAGAUCCUAAAAUCCCCGCGAAUUGUGGCAUCCAUUAUGUGGUUUUGCCAAAAACUAAUUUUGGCCCAAUCAAGCCUGGAUUAACAUUAUAAAGCUCCACCAGGCAACCGCACUGCACUCUAUUCCUCUCUCUUGAAAUUGCAUCCCAGAUUUGAACGGUGAUAACAAAAAUCAAAUUAUGGUCAUAAAAACAUUAUAACUCCACUCACUCAGAAACCAUUUUAUUCAUGCAAUUAAGUGCAAUCACGACUAUCACUACAUACCACCCUAACUACCAUAUAUGUACCUCUCCACACCCACCGAAAUGGUCCUCUUUUAUAACGCUGGCUGGAUAAAAGAGUUGACCGCAUUUACAUUUGUGGCGCAUGAAGCACGAGACCAAGUGAAGGGAAGCUUAUGCUGAGGCUGAGGCGGCGGCGGCGGCGGCAGCGGCGAAUAUCAUUUGUGAAAUUAUUUAAGGGUUCCUAUAUAAAAACAUAAUGUGUGUAAAUUCAUUUACAGGGUUAAAAUGUUCAUGCACUGUACGACCGACACGACGCGACGCCAUGUUACGCCAACGAAUGUAACGCCGCCACCGCAAAAAACAUCAUCAUUUUCGAACUUGCUCCUAAGUGCAGGCAACUAAUUUGUAUAUCUCUGGUGCAUGUCAAUUCUCCUAAUGCUAUGCAAUUGAUAAAAUAAAUAUUUAUUUGAUAAGGCUUACAAGGGCCGUUGGGAAAAUCCCAUAGGGGAUAUUAGGAUGGGUUAUGGCCUACAUAACACAUCCCAUACAUUAUGUACUAUAUGCAUGCGGCAUGCCUAAUAUUUUGUUUGUUUUUAAGUAAAAUUAAGUGAUUUGGUGUUUUAUGUUGUGCUAUUCAUGUGUUUAUGUUAUAUGUUAGGUAUUUAUUUUUUUUAAUAAGUCAAUUUAAUUAUACAUACCUUACUACAUAAUCUAUCUAUCUACAUCUAUCUAUGUGCAUUCUAUACAUAUUCUCGAAUUUGCUCUAAAUUUUGAAAAUUAAUUAUUUAAAUGGCGCCCAACGUGAGAGUGUGAAUGCGAUAGAAGAGGAGGACACAUUUUGUGGUGAUUGGGAAUCGGAAUGGGAUCGAGGAUGUUUAUAUUUCUAUUUGCAUGACUUUGGCAAGGAUUAGCAUGCUAAUGAGGAUUCCAUAUCAGAAUAUUAUUAUUGUGUAAAUAUGUUAUUCGAUUUAUUGUUUCGUUUAGGUACCAAAAAGUACACCACCAUCGCCGGCAAUUGAAAUCUCCUAAACUGAUAAACAGAACAUAGAACAAUGAAAAAUAAAGUUGUGUAGAUGUGUGUGUAUAGAUUUGUGACAAUAUACCAGAGAGCUCGAUGGAAGAGAAUUUACAUACAUAUUUAUAACUAUUUUUGUUAUAGUUUAAAAAAAUAAAUAAAUAUUUAAAAACAUGUAGAAUUAUAAAUUAUAUAAUUAUCAAA